AUGAUUAACAUUCCGAGCUCAAUCCUUUGCCGUAUGGCCGCUAGAUCGCCAAUCUCGCGUACCUUCGGAACAUCAGUCGUCACCAAGGUGAGCAUUUAUGCAUUGUUUACUCGUUGGAAUACCAGAUUCGAACAUCUCACUUUAGUGAAAAAGAAACAACAAGAGCAUUAUUAAAAUCGAUAAUGACCAGAACAGCUUACUUUUCUCUCAGUCACUUAAUCGCACAGAGCAAUUGGCUGGCCGUCUAAUUCCCCUGUUUUUUUGAAAACAACUAUAUUUUUUCAGUCCGAAUCUAAAACGCCAAUCCAGAAGCUCGGAUGGGAAUACCUGCUGAAGCAGCGUGCCAAGAACCGCCCAAUCGCCCCGCAUCUUACCAUCUACCAGCCACAACUCACUUGGAUGCUUUCUGGAUUCCACAGAAUUAGUGGAUGUGUUAUGGCUGGAACUCUUCUUGUCGGAGGACUCGGAUUCGCCGUUCUUCCACUCGACUUCACUACUUUCAUCGAAUACGUCCGUGGAUGGAACAUUCCGGGCGCGGUUACCGCCGUCUUCAAGGUAAAAACAUGCAAGUUUUUCUAAUUAAAAAACGAAUGCUUUGUUUUCCAGUACAUUAUCGCUUUCCCAAUCAUCUUCCACACCCUCAACGGAAUUCGAUUCCUCGGAUUCGACCUCGCUAAGGGAGUCGACAACAUCGGACAGGUGAGUGUGUUUACUAAAAUGUGAAUCUUUAAUCUGAUUUUCAGGUCUACAAGACCGGAUGGCUGGUGUUCGGAGUAUCGGCAGUCAUCGCCCUCGCUAUCGUCAUCAACUCGUGCCAGAACAAGAGCAAGGCUGUCAAGAGUGCAUAA